AUGGAUAAUCUCAAGGAAUUAAUUGCACCAAAAACAUUUAACAAAGUUAGCCAUGCCGCAGUUGUUAUUUGGAUCCUGAUCGGUGUAAUCUUCCUUGGCAUUUUUGCAGACGCAGAAAACGGCGAAUCCAGGUAUGAUUUCCGCUGUGGCGUGGCGAAGAGUGAAAACAUCGACCUAGUCCGUGGAAAAUGUUUCGAGUUAUACGAGAAGCAGUAUAAUAGACACGCUCUUCCUACCUAUGGCUUCGUAAUCAUGAACUUUUUCCUCAUUGGAACUGUUUGUGCUAUUUACUCCCGAAUAGCGAGCCCCACAGUCGAUCAACUGUCGCUAAGCGCUUGUAACGGUGAUCUCGAGAGACAGUCGCCCGACCACGAGAAGGCUGGAAGAAAGCUGUUUAUCGCUUACUGCUGUCAACUUUUCAUAAGGAUUGUUUUGGGAGUUCUCUUUAUGGUCCUACAAACUCAGGUUCUUUAUCCUCUGGACUUUCCCUCCAGCUUUUCUUGUUAUCCAACCUCUGGCGAGAAUCAGCCUAGGAAUUCUACUGGCGUCAUGCAAAACUCCGCAUACGAGUGUCAUAAUCAACGAGCAGCUAAGAAAAGCUCUUGGAUGCGCGCUGUCCUUGUCGUGAACGGAAUUUUUCUAUUUGGCAUUCUGAUGGAAACCGUCUAUUUAUUUCUACGUGCGUGGAAAGAAAAUAGUUUUAUGAAAAAUUCAAACUUUCUAAAAGCUCACCUGAAACCCUCCCAUGGCAACUCGCAAAAUACGCUUCAGGAAUUCAUCGAGAAUACAAAGAAAAUUAUUAAAGACGAGACAAAUCAACCUCCCCAACUCCGGUCGCCUUUUUCAAGUACUCCCGGCGAAGGACGCCCAGCUAAACAUUUGACUCUAGAUCAGAUUUACACAAAACUUGUCGUUGUUCCAGACAGAGCCGAAUAUGACUUUUCUGGAGACAGAUGGGAGAAACUGGCAGUCUACGCCAGAUCGGGUGAGAAAAACAUAACACCUAGAGGGCUGGAGGACAUUAUCAACAACGAAGACAGAAAAGUGUUGAUUGUUGGUCGUCCCGGAAUCGGAAAGACACUUUGCUGUUCCAAAAUUUUAAGAGACUGGGCAUUUAACAAAGUAUUCCUUAAAACACCUGAUGCCAAAAUCCAUUUUGAUGCUACUUUCUUAAUCAAAUUCAGAGCAUUCAACGCGGCAACCGACCUUAGCCUCAGGGAACUGCUCACAUUGUCAGAACAUUCCCCCUCAGAUCAUAUGGAUGAUAAAGUCUGGAAUUACAUCCUUGAGAACCCCCAAAGAGUUCUCCUUAUUUUCGAUGGAAUCGAUGAAUUCAAACACAACUCAAAGAUCAGGAAGGAAAACUUCAAGCCUCAAUUCAGAAACCGCGUUGACGAGAAGAUGCCCCUUCACGGUCUUUACGAGAAGCUUGCGACUGGGAAACUUCUCAAUGGAGCUGCCGUUUUGACAACCACAAGACCUACGGCUUUGUCAUGCAUCGAACGUCUUUCUUUCGACAAAGUCUUUGAGAUCCUCGGCUUCUCAUCCGAACAAGUCGAAGAGUACGUAACCAAAUUUGCUGAAGGAGGACAAGUAUGCGGGCGAAACAUUAUGGCGACACGUUCGGCGGUAACAUGA